AUUCCGAGAACCUUCAGCCACAGUUCGGAACCUUUUUUGAGAUCUCAAGGCUUCAACAUGGCUGACUCACUUGAUAUGGACAAUCGGGAUCCUAACAACUUGAAUGACCAUGUUAAGGUGUUGUUUGAGGAUGUGAUUGCCGAACCGGAAGGCGCCCAUAGUAUUGACUGCGUCUGGAAGUUAUCCUACACAUGCUUCAACAUGUGGAAGGGCUGUUGCUACAACAUCCUCUCAAUUUUCUGUGGCUGCCCCUUGGCCAUGUGUUGGGGAUGCGAGUUCGCCUUCAUCACGUUCCAGCAUGUGUGGCAGAUUACCCCCUGCAUGAGGAUCUGGAUGAUCAACCUUGGCUGUGCCCAGAAGUUCUUCGGAACAUGCGUGAACUGUUGCAUCUCACCUAUCUGUGAGGCAUGUGGCAUGUUCUUCAGUAACAUCCAAGUCAAAAAUGGCUAAACAGACGCAGAACCACUGAAAUAACUCUCUGUCUCGACAUCUCUUUGGACUUUCGUAAACUCUCCUCGUCGCUGUGAUCUUGACACUGUACUGUUUCGUGGAUUCUGUGAUAACUGUAUCUGCAGUGUAUAUAAUAUAUACAUAUUUUCUUUACCUGUUUCCUUUUGUGUUAUGUAAAGAUGGGGAUCUGCAGGUAUUUCCUGCCAAACGAAGACGAGAUGAACUAAAGGAACUGGUACCCUACCUUUGUGUGAUGAAAAACAUCACCAUCAAUUAUUACGUAAAUUUGCAAAUCUACCAUUUGUUAUCCACGACAUCUACAUAAUUAAAUUAUAUUUAUAUUUUCAUAAGGUUCGUACUGUUGUAAAAGGUCAAAAAGGUAAUCAAUUGAAAUGAAACAAGGACUUCAUAUAUCAUGUAAUAACAACAAAUAAUCUAUGCAAACGUGUACAGCUCAUUGUAUAAAUACAUGAUACCUGAAUAAAAUCUGAAAAUUC